AUGCCUCUCGUCGCGCAGAAUGUCAAACCUCGCGUCAUUCUCGGUUUAAUGACCUUUGGUCCCGAUCGUGACGCGGGCUCACGCAUAACUUCCCUGGACGAAUACAAAAAAUGUCUUGACUAUUUCCAGCAGCAAGGCUAUAACGAAACUGACACCGCGCGCAUUUAUGUUGACGGGAAACAGGAAGCCUUUACGGCGCGGGCAGGCUGGAAGGAACGGGGUCUCACCCUCGCAACCAAAUGGUACCCUUCCCAACCAGGCUACCACCACGCCAAUGUAGUGAAAGAGAAGCUCGAUGAGUCGCUGAAGGAGCUGCAGACGGAUUGUGUAGAUAUUUUUUACCUACAUGCGGCGGAUAGAUCCGUCCCCUUUGCGGAGACGUUAGAAGCUGUCAACGAGCUGCAUAAGGAAAGGAAAUUUGUGCAACUUGGAUUGAGCAAUUAUACUGCCUUCGAAGUUGCCGAGAUUGUCACUAUGUGCAAUGAGCGCGGUUGGGUGAGGCCAACGAUCUAUCAGGCCAUGUAUAAUACCAUCACCCGCUCGAUUGAAACAGAGCUAAUCCCCGCCUGCAGACGCUACGGUAUCGACGUGGUAAUUUACAACCCGUUAGCCGGCGGCCUGUUAUCCGGUAAAUACAAAUCCGCCGAGAUACCAGCCACCGGCCGCUUUGCGGAUCGAUCCUUAGGCGCCAAUUACCGCAAACGAUACUUCAGAGACGCUAACUUCGACGCGCUGCGCAUCAUCGAGCCCGUUGUGCAGAAACAUAAUUUAACGCUUAUCGAGACCGCGCUUCGCUGGGUGCAUCACCACUCUGCGUUGAAUAUUGGAACAGACCCAUCGUCGCGCGAUGGGAUUAUCGUUGGCGUGAGCAGCUUCGAGCAGUUGCAGGCGAACUUGGCGGAUAUUGAGAAGGGCCCGUUGCCUGAAGAGGUAGUGAAGGCACUGGAUGAGGCGUGGUUGGUUGCAAAGGCGACGGCGACACACCACACUUCCUGCAUGCGGUCUCGUGGGAAGUGUGACGAACGAUGCAUGAAAAAUGCGCAAUUUCGAGGUAGGUUGGGAUGCGAUUCCGGCCGUGACUUUUCGUUCCUUUCGUCGCGAACAAAUAAGACGGUAGACGCAGAAAAGCAACAGCUGAAGACGCAGGAGAAGACGAAGAAGAACACCCAAAUGCCCACGUAUUGCGAUCAAGCUUGCCCGUCGGGAACAGCCGAUUCAUCUCACACCUCCCAGGAAGAUACGGGUGUGGAAAGUGGCGAUAGCAUAGCCCCAGAGGGUAAUGUGGACAAAAGGUGUGAAGGGAGUGGGGAAGAUAGCGGGAGAGACCCGGAGAGCCAGCUAGCCGAUGGAGAGGAGUAUGAAGAACUGGCAAAAAAUGAUCGCGGGUGGAGGAAGAUAGUGCGGAAUUUUACGCCUUCAUGGUUCACCGUAAACAUGGGGACGGGCAUUGUCUCCAUCCUCCUCUUCAAUCUCCCAUACAACGGAACAUGGCUCUACUGGAUAUCCGUUGGCAUAUUCGGGCUCAAUACAGUUCUGUUCACGAUUUUCCUAGCCAUCUCGAUCUUGCGAUAUGCCCUCUGGCCCGGGAUCUGGCGCGUCAUGCUCCAGCAUCCGGUUCAGUCACUUUUCAUCGGGACAUUUCCGAUGGGGUUUUCCACCGUCGUGUCGAUGAUUGCCCUGGUUUGUUCGCCUGCGUGGGGAAGUUGGGUACAGAUAGUCGCCUGGGCGCUUUGGAUAGUUGACUCAGUCAUUUCCGUUGUAUGUGCUGUCGGUUUCCCGUUUAUGUUAAUGGCAUCUGGAAGGCAGUCGGAUCUACCCUCGAUGACGGCGGCAUGGCUGUUGCCCGUCGUCAGUACAAUCGUUGCAGCAUCUACUGGGGCAAUUGUGGCAGAAAAUCUACCAACACCACAGCUUAGUCUGUGGACAAUCAUAGCUUCGUACCUUCUCUGGGGCCUGGGGAUGUUAUUCUCCAUGAUAAUCCUCGCGGUAUAUUUCGAGAGAUUGGCACUACACAAGCUGCCACCAAAGUCCGUGAUCGUCAGUACUUGUAUCCCACUUGGCCCAAUGGGCCAAGGGGGUUUUGUCAUCCUAAAGCUCGGCGUAGGCGCGCGGAAAUUUUUCCCGCUAAAUAAAACCCUUGAUCCCGCUGCUGGUGGCGUGUUCUAUGCGGUUGGAUUUAUGUUUGCAUUGAUGCUCUGGGGGUUCGGGUUCAUGUGGAUGCUCUCUGCGAUCAUUUCUAUUGCCAAGUGCAAAAGAAUCCCUUUUACAAUGGGAUGGUGGGCUUCGAUCUUCCCAUUGGGUGUUUACGCUAAUUGCACCAUCCUGAUGGCGGUAGAGAUGCCAUCUCAAUUUUUCAAGGUCGUCAGCACUAUCCUGACGCUCUGCGUGUUGAUUUUGUGGAUUAUCGUCUCCGCAGGGACUAUUCGAGAGGUGAUAACAGGGAGAGUGUUCUUUGCACCAUGUCUUAGUGACAUGCGGGUAAAAAGGAAGAAAAAGUCGAGGAUAAAAGCUAGUUGA